AGGUGGGAUUUUAGCUACCGUCCAUCUUCAGCUACAUUACAGUGAGCGAGCUUAUCGAAAAGAAAACAUUUUGGAAGUAAAGAAGACUUUCUGGAAGUAGUUUUGGCCGUAUUUGAAAUAAGAAAACGAAAUCCCAUACCCUAGCGGAUGUGUUAAGUUCUGCUAAUGUCAACUGUUCAGCUGGAUGCCGACUUCUUGACAGACGGAAUGUGGACAUUGUCGUAGUCAGAGCCAUGGCUGACAAGAGAAAACUACAAGGUGAAAUAGAUAGAUGUUUGAAAAAAGUAGCUGAGGGUGUAGAGCAGUUUGAAGACAUUUGGCAAAAGCUUCACAAUGCAGCCAACGCGAACCAGAAGGAAAAAUAUGAGGCUGACCUCAAGAAAGAGAUUAAAAAACUACAACGAUUGAGAGAUCAGAUUAAAACAUGGGUGGCCUCAAACGAGAUCAAAGACAAAAGGCAGCUAGUUGAGAACCGCAAACUUAUAGAGACGCAAAUGGAACGGUUCAAAGUGGUGGAGCGUGAAACAAAAACAAAAGCGUACUCUAAAGAAGGCUUGGGGCUUGCUCAGAAGGUGGAUCCAGCUCAGAGGGAAAAGGAAGAAACAGGACAGUGGCUAACGAAUACCAUAGACACACUAAAUAUGCAGGUGGAUCAGUUUGAGAGUGAGGUAGAAUCUCUUUCAGUCCAGACACGAAAAAAGAAAGGCGAUAAGGAGAAACAAGAUCGCAUCGAUGAGCUCAAGCGGUUGAUCGAGAGGCAUAGAUUCCACAUUCGCAUGUUGGAGACAAUUUUACGAAUGCUGGACAACGAUUCUGUGCCGGUGGAUGCAAUCCAAAAGAUCAAGGAUGACGUCGAGUACUACAUUGAUUCCUCUCAAGACCCGGAUUUUGAGGAGAACGAGUUCCUGUAUGACGACUUGGACCUGGAAGACAUCCCUGCAGCGUUAGUUGCAACGUCGCCAUCAGGUCAGGGCAACAUGGAAGAUGACAUGUAUCUUCAUUCGAGCAGCACUCCCACCUCCACCACAUCUUCUUCACCCAUCCCUCCAUCCCCAGCCACUUGCACUGCUGAGAACUCAGAGGACGAUAAGAAAAGGGGACGGUCGACAGACAGUGAAGUUAGUCAGUCGCCUGUGAAGAAUGGUGCCCCAUCCUUACAAUCUUCCUUCUCUUCUUCCACCACCUCUGGGUCUUCUUCGUCCUCUUCCCUCGUGUCCAUGGCGAGCGUUGUCGGAGGCAUUCUUGCCGUUCCCACAAGCAGUACUCUCAUAGGAAGCUUUAGCAGCGCGGUACAGCAACAUCAGCAUCAGUCUGCUCAACAGCAGCAACAGUCUCAGCAAUCAAACCAACAGCAGCCACCUCAGACUAAACCCUCCAUUCCCUCGAACAACACCCCCAGCCCGCCCAGCAACCCUCUUCUCCCAACAUCCACCGCCCCUUCCUUAACCAUACCCAGCACAUCCAGUUUAUCAGCUCCCAACUCUCAUUCUCAGCCCAUCUCUGGGCCCACCUCUGCAUCCAGUUUGGGGCUGGGGCUGGAUUUAAGGAAAGGAGGCAUAACAGGGACCAACAGUGCCAACCAAAUGCCAAGUUUAGGCUUGACUGGCCACACCACUCCUUUAAACACGAUGGCAGGCCUCAUUUCAGGGUCCACAUCUGCCCUUUAUGCUCACGCAGCAGCUUCUGGAGGUUUGGGGCUGAGCAGCACCACUCAGUCCAGCAUUUUAACCGAGAGCAGCACUUCCAACCCCACCUCAGGAUCCAGUGGAGUCACCACCAAUGGAGCGGGGUCAGGGCGUAAUUUGCUAGGUUCCAGCCCGGUCCACAAUUCUCUGAGUGGGAGCAUUUUGAGUCUGGUCCCUGGGCAGGGCGUGGCCCCUGCUACCUCUCAGGUGCCCCCAACUUCUGCCAGCACCACAGCUGGAGUCGUUGGCCUGAUGGUUGGCAAUGGAGGAGGCGUCGGUGUGGUUGGAGCAGUAGGCAUUAAUGCUGCUCCUGCUAGACCACCAAGUGGACUGAAGCAAAAUGGAAGCACAAGUUACAGUGCUGUAGUAGCAGAGAGCGCCACAGAAUCUCCUCUUAGCACACCCAACCAGUCACAAAACAGCCAACCCUCAUCCCUCAGUUCCUCAACCAGCCAACCGAUGGACAACGGCCCCAGUUUAAUCAGCUCUAUCACCCUGCCCCCCAGUUCUCCAUCCCCCUCGUUCUCAGACAGUACACCAAGCGGAGGGAGUCUCCUGAACGGGCCCCACUCUUAUCCACAGGCAUCUGAGGGCCUCGAGGCUCCUAAAGGCCUCAGUUCCCUGAAGGUGAUGGCUGAGAGAGCGGCGCUCGGAUCUGGUCUGGACGGAGAGAUUCCAAACCUUCAUGUGACGGACAGAGGUCUGAACGAUAUCUUCUCCAGUUCAUCAGCAGCGCCUGGCACCCCUGCUGCCCCACAGCCAUCCGUGUCGGAGGUCAGCAUCCCUCCCUCGCUUGGGGUCUGCCCGCUGGGUCCAACCCCUCUCCCCAAAGAGCAGCUGUACCAACAGGCGAUGCAAGAUUCUGCAUGGAACCACAUGCCUCACCCGUCUGACUCUGAGAGGAUCAGGCAAUACCUGAUGAGGAAUCCAUGUCCCACGUUGCCGUACCACCAUCAGGUACCAACCCACCACUCUGACACCAUCGAGUUCUACCAGAGACUGUCCACAGAAACUCUCUUCUUCAUCUUCUACUACCUGGAGGGCACUAAGGCUCAGUAUCUGUCUGCCAAGGCUUUAAAGAAACAAUCGUGGAGGUUUCACACCAAGUACAUGAUGUGGUUUCAGAGGCACGAGGAGCCCAAGACUAUCACCGAUGAGUUUGAACAGGGCACUUACAUUUACUUUGACUAUGAGAAAUGGGGCCAGAGGAAGAAGGAGGGGUUCACCUUCGAGUACAGGUACCUCGAAGACAGGGACUUGCAGUGACGCUCAGAAGGGGGACACGAAGGACAGAGAAAGACAAAAACCGUGCUGCUGUUGACAUUCCGAGACUGAACUCCAAAACUGUGGAUAGAGAUUGUGAUGUGUAGUAGAACACCCCUCUCCUGAAGUGAAGCCCGGGCAUCUGUAUAGGCUGCGUCUCAAUGUGAAGCCCUAGCUCCUCGUGUAGUGCUUUGCUUUUUGACGAAAAAAUACCCCGUGGGUCUGAUCAAACGCACCGCGCUGCACGAGCUGGGAAGGCUCUCAUUGGAGAUCUGCAUUUGUGCCUGUUUGUGUGCACACUCAGUAUGUGGCAUUAGGAAAGCCUACCCCAUGCAUGUUUCUCUUUAUUUUCCUUUUUAUUUUUCUGUUUCAACACGAUUCUCUGCACCACCAACUCAACAUGAGCCGGAAGCCUUUCAACUCAACACAAAACAACCCUCGGAUUUGAUUAAGGUGCCCAUCUUGUAUUUUUCUGUAACGUGAUGGUUUAGAAUGGCGAUGUCCAGUGGACAUUUAGUCAUGGUGCGUAGGAGCGGCUUCUUUUAAGACCCUACAAUGCCUGUUGAACAUGGUCACUAUUGAAGAUAGUGAGCAGUUAUCAAUAGUUUUAUUGAUAUUUUGUCUUGGUCGAUUUAAAACAUGAGAGUGACCACAGGGCCUCUCCCUGUGACAGGGUAAGAGUCCUUAUUGGACAUGGAUUAAAUUGCUAUGCAAUUGAACUGGUCUCUGACUCCCUCUCUUUACAAAUAAAAUGUUUAAGUUAACCUGUCAAAGACAUUAUGGCUCCUUCCAUGUUUGUGACUACUUAAUAAAACUUGUAAAAUAAAUCUUUAGGGUUUGGAGAAAUUUAUCUAUUUGAUGUUUUGACUCUUUCACGUCACCGAGUCUCAUACAGACCACACAGAGUGAAUGUAGCUCUACCUGAAUCACCUCUUUGAAAAUACGUUGAAUUAAAAUCAUCCAAAUCUCCCCACCUUAAUUUUUUCUGUUACACUAAUUUAUCAUUGUUCAAUUUACCACCUCAAGUGAAAUCCCUAUAAGGUGAAUGUACACUGAUACAACUGUUUACAUGUAGAGUUUAAACAAAUGCUCAAAUUCAGGUGGUAGAAUUUAACAGAAGGAAUUUAUCUGGGAAGCACUCCAGCUUUUCCUUACUAGUCCAAACAGGCUCAGUUUCUUGAUCCAGAUCUAUACUGCACUUAUUGUGUGGGAUCGGUUUCAAACGGUUUUGUUUUUGAAAAGAAUACACACAGUUCUGAGCUCUACAUUUUAUAGAUUAUAUUUUUUGGGGGGGCUCUUAAUGUUUUUGGAAAGGUCGGGAAAAGAGAAUUAAAACGCAAAAAUGUGAAUUUCAACAAGUCUUUUUUCCCUCGUCACAGUUCUGCAUGGGAGAUGUUAUUAAAAAAAUGGGAUUAUAAAAGAAUUGUAAAAUUUCAAUAAAUACUUUUAAGAGAUUACA